GUUUCUCUGCAGCGUCCGUUCACUGACUGUGGUUCAUACUACAGACAGUCAGUUCAGCAGAGCAGAGCGGAGAAAACCACACAGGAAGGAGGAGGAGGAGUGAAGCUGCUCACACUCACAGACACUGACACCUGCCACUGUUUUGCACCGAUGUGACAGAAACUGCAGAGACGAGCUGAGCUGCAGGUGGACGUUAAUCUGGAACACAAUACAUCUGCAGCUGGACAUGGAUUAUUGGCACGCGUCUUGGCCGCUUUGGAUUUAGUGAAGACACUCCACAGUCCUGCGCCUCUUUCUGUCUCCUCCCCGUCAAGAACAGGUGGAUCCUGUUUCUUUGCUCAGCUGUUACAUCCACCUGUAACCUUUAUGGGGAACCAGGUGGAGAAGCUGACGCAUUUAAAUUACGCAGAGGUGCCAACGUCGGACCCAAAUGGGCUCGACUCGGACGGCGACGGACCGCGCAUUGGCGUCUCUUAUAUUUUCUCCAACGACGACGACGACCAGGACGAGAAUUUGGACAACUUCUCAUCAGAGAGCCACACUGUGAACCAUGAGGACAAGCUAUUCGACCCACAGGACGAGCUGGAGUGCGCGAUUUUCUACCGAGAGGAGUGCGUCUACGAGAGGAGCAGCGGAGCCGCGACGCACUCCGCGGAAAGUCUCCUGAACAAGUGUCGACCUGGAGACCUGCUGGAGUUUGUGGCCACCGGACAUUAUCCACAUUGGGCUGUUUACGUCGGCGAGUUCCAGGUGAUCCAUUUACACCGAGGUGAGAUAAAGAUCACCUUCCUCACUGACGUGAGCCAGGGAAAACAGGGCAGGAUAGUGAACGGCCUCUACAGGUACCGUGCGCUCCCACUCGACGUGGUCGUGCGCAACGCUCGGGACUAUGUGGGAUCGAGAGACCAAGAGCUUUACUGGAGAAACUCUGAGUGCUUUGCCGCCUGGUGCCGCUUUGGCAAAAGGGAGUUCAAAAUCGGAGGUGAGAUUAGGAUUGGAAAACAGCCUUACAGGUUGAAAUUAUGCUUUUCGGAGAAGCAGAACCACGUGCUAGAGUUUCAGAGCCUUGAGGACGUGAUCAUGGAAAAGAGGAGGAACGAUCAGAUUGGCAAAGAUGCUGUGAUGCAAGAGCUGGCCAAUCACCUGAAUGCAACACAUGACAUUAAAGAGGAGCACUUUGUCAACUGAUGUGUCAACUGAUGAGUCAACUGGUGGGGAUCUGAGCCACAGUGGGAAAAUCCACAGUUUCACUCUGACAAAUGGAGCUGAAAGAGAAUGCCUCCAUUUAGCCAACUUAAGACUUUUGACCUGAGCCUGUGUGCACAUACACCACACUGUAAGAAGCAUCUUUAGGGGGGGUCAGAGGUGAAAACAUCUGAGGUGACACUCAAGUACAUUUGUGAAGCAAAUUACCAGUGUCGAAACAUACUUUUCACAAACAUAUUUGUAUUUCAAAACGUGACAAAUGUUCAUGCACCACAUUCUAGGUUAGUUCCUCUUCAAAUAAGUGUGAUUUUAAACACCCUCCACCCAAAGACAACGCGACUUUGAAGACUGAGUGUCCACAACUGUUUCUAAUCUAAUGAGCCUUUGCACAGAGGAGCGAAACCACCUCCAAUGUACUUUUACCUGACCACAGUGCUGAAAACACUUACUCCUGUACAACUCAGGUGUUGGAGACCAAUACAAAGCAGAAGAAACUAAACUAUAGCUUUUUCUUACUGUGUGUCAGCUUUGAUGAUUCCCUUCUUAUGCUUUGUAUCUGAGCAUCACACAGCUUUACCCACUCUUGACUAUUUUGUGAACAUAGUAAAUAGUGCACUUUUUCUGAUUCACCCCCUUUCCACAAUUUAUUUUUUUGGAGAAAAAAGAUGUUUGUAUGAAGGAAUAUUGAAAUAAAUCUAUAUUUGAACAGUAAA